CUAAAAUUUAUACUAAAAAUGAUUGCAAAUAGUGGACGAAUUACUAAAGAAAAACCCAGCUUUAAAGAAAAAAUCACCAAUUUCUUCCAAUAUAAAUUUGGAAGUUUUACAUCAACAAAGUAUCCAAUUACUCCUGAGACUCUUGGAAAGACUGCUCCGAAGUGUGGUGUAUGCUUAAGCUUAGCUAUCAUACUUGGCAUUAACGCAAAGAAAUACUCAAAAAGAACUCAAGAAGAAGAGGUUUCAGAAGUUAAUCUUUCUUUCAAUCCCCACAGUCUUAAGCUUGAUGAACACCUUGAGAAUAGAAUACUUCCUGAAGGAAGGAAUCACAUAAGUAAUCAACAGGAGAACAGUAAUAGUGACACCAUGGAACACAAGAUUGAUGGGAUGUAUUCGCCUGUUAUGAAUCUCACCCAAAAGAUUGCAGGUACUCGUAUUCAGAGGUCUUGAGCUAUUUUUAAGAAAAUUAAACACAACCGUAGAAUGUUGAAGCCUUCAGACUUAGACUCUUUUGAUAAAAUUAACAGAGGACAACUAAAGUAUGGAAUUGGAAUGGCUGCACCUCUUGGCUUGUUUCCAAUCUCAGUUUACUCUACCUCUUUGACGAUGGCUUCCAAAACAAGAGUGUGGGCCCUAGGAUUGGUAGUUCUUGGAAUAAACAUAGCAGUCUUCUCUCACUACGGAGGAAAGUGUCAAAAGUUCUUAGAGCAUUGUGACAGGAAGUAUUUUUACGGGCAAACUCUCAAACAACUCCAAGAUGACAAAUUCUUGAAAAUAAAUCAACCAAAAUCUUCACUCUCUUUUCAUAUCCACUCUCAGAGGUAUGAUCAGAGUUUGGAUAAAAUGAAGGUCUGGCUAAAACUAAACAGUGGAAGCUAGAUCUACAGAUUCCAAUACAGCAGCAUGCAUUAUUAAUUUCAUUUCAAUCCAACAUCCAUGUUAUUAGGUGACUAUAUUACUUAGAUUUCUCUCUUCAUGUUACUUUACCUUCUUCUGGAAAUUAAAUAAUUUUUAAUUUCAAAUCUCUUACGUUUUUCUUACUCAUUUACUCCACGACAUCAGAACAUCAGAAUUUGUACAAGGCCAAAAAUCAAAACUAUAGCUCAGCUUGCUAUGGAAUAGGGGAUGUCAAUGUAAAUACAAAAAUAUUGACUUGUCCUAUGACCCAGCCAAUUUUAAUAAAAAUAUGGUGAAAUACUUCCAUCUG